CUUCUCAGUCAUCUCCUUACACAAAAGACCUACUUCCAUUGAUUGAACACAAUCGAGAUUGACGUGCAUGGAUAACCACCCUAAAUCGCCUUUCAUCGUCCUACUGCUCUGUUGUAUUGCUGCAACAGUGGCAUACCAUGCUCGCUGUGAGUUACUAUCUCAUGAGGCGAACCAACAUUAUUCUGUAUCAUACAACCCACAGCCACAAGAUUUCCCAAAUGAGCAACUCUACCGCGCCUACAUCGUCAUCCAGCGUUUCAAGAGCACCAUCACAAGCGACCCCAAGAAUGUCACCGCCACCUGGACCGGUCAUGAUCUCUGCGGAGAGACGACCUACGUGGGGUUCUACUGCGGAUCACCUCCAGGGGGAGAUAAGAAGUUGACAGUCACAGGGGUCAUUUUGAAUGGCUAUACUCUACAUGCACCGACGCUGCAAGGGUUUGUAGAUCAGCUCCCUGAUCUCGCGCUUUUUCAUGCUGCUUCCAACAAUUUUGGUGGCGACAUCCCCCGACUCGCUGGCCUUGGGUACAUGUACCAACUCAGCGUCAGUAACGAUCUCCCAUUACAGACUCAACAAGCUGAACAAUUGGGGACGAAAGCCACAGCGUCUGGGAAUGUAGGAGUAGGAGCUAUGCUUGGAAACUGCGUAACUGCAACCUUCAAUAUUUCAUUUAAUAUCGGAGUUCCCGGCCGUAAGGGAGGCCAUAUUCCUAGUGUUACGGAUGCUAAGGCUCUCCUUCUCAACCACAACAACCUGUCGGGGCCACUUCCAGUAGACCUUGGCUUCUCCAAGCUGAGCUACCUCGCCCUCGCCAACAACAAGCUCACCGGGCCAAUCCCGUCAUCAAUCGGGCACCUGCAAGACUCCCUCCUCGAGGUGCUUCUCCUGAACAACCAGCUCUCCGGCUGUCUCCCCCACGAGCUCGGGAUGCUCACCAAAGCGACCGUCAUCGACGCCGGGAUGAACCAGCUCACCGGCCCGAUUCCCUCGUCCUUCUCGUGCCUCAGCAGCGUCGAGCAGCUCAACUUGGCCGGGAACCGGCUCUAUGGAGAGGUUCCCGACGCGCUCUGCAAGCUUGUGGGGCCAUCCGGCCACCUGGCCAACCUCACGCUAUCCAGCAACUAUUUCACGUCGGCCGGGCCCGCGUGCGUGGCACUGAUCAAGGACGGCGUGCUGGACGUGAAGAGCAACUGCAUCCCGGGCUUCGCCAACCAGAGGCGGCCGGCAGAGUGCGCGGUGUUCCUGAGCCAGCCGAAGACGUGCCCGGCGGUGAGCACUCAAGUGGCGUGCCCCGCCGCAGCUUCCAAGAACGCGAUGACGCCAGAGGUGAGGAAGGGCAGGGACUACUCCAACUACGUGACGUACGCUACUCUGCAUGAGUGAGGCGCCACGGCAUGCACUAGGGGACAGAGUACCUCGGUGCUACUUGCUCGUCUUGUAUUCUUGUGCAUGUUGGUGUGCUUGUGUUGUUGUCUAUCUGCUCUGUACGUGUUGCUGUCACCUCUUGUACUACUACCUCCACUUCGUGAAAAAUCGUUUGUGAUUAUUAAAA